GAACGCACGCUGCUCAUCAUUUCUCCACCUUUAAAAUACAGUGACAUAGUAAAAUCAACCUAAUUAGCACCCACAUAAUGGUCGUUAUCGAGCCGAAUCAAAGUUGUUUACUACAAAUUCGCCGGUAACCAGCCCGGCUGAGAACAAAAGAAUUCUUAUCUAUCGUCGAGUGAAGUCGAGAAAACAAGUGUUGAUUUCAAAUAAAAUUAAAGUAAUGCAAGUGUGGACAUUAAUUUAAACAGUGUUAACUUAUGGACUAACCAGUGCUUAAAAACGAAACCUAAAGAACUAAAUACCUAAUCAAAGUGUGUAUGAACGCUAAGUGAAUAACUAUUAUAAGAAUUGACUUUGUGAACGUGUUGAACAUUAAAAUAGUGCGAUAUACCUACCUAACACUUUGGACUAUCAAACGUAAAUAUAGUGUUUAUGCAAAAUGGAAGCGGAAAAGGAACUAUUGCAAAUUUUAGAAGAUAAAAUAUCAAUGUUACAAAAAGUGUUAGUUAAUUUUAAGAAAUGUCCUAAGGCUAGGCUUACGAAAGGUUACAUUACCGUGAGACUACAAACUAUUCAAGAAUAUUGGCGAGACUUUACGAAUGCACAUUUGGCCCUAACUAGAAAAGUACCUAAACAAAAUAGACAAAAUUACCCGUACUUUGCAAACGACGAGUACUACGAAGUUGAAGAAUUAUACUUGGGUUUACAAGCGGAUUUGACUGACUUAUUAUCUGAGUGCUCGCCGCCAGCCACCAGCCGGCAGUCAGCAGGCGCAGCCAGCACCAACAUGGAGGCCGCUGACGCGUCGCAGGUCAAGCUACCAAGGAUACAGCUGCCUACAUUCUCAGGGUCUUACGAAGAGUUCCCGGCCUUCAAGGAUUUGUUUACAUCAUUAGUAGACAACAAUGUUACACUUAGCAAUGUCCAAAAGUUACACUAUUUGAAGAGUAGCAUCAAAGGAGAACCAGAGUCGUUACUGAAGCACAUGCAAGUUGUAGAAUGCAACUACGAACCAGCGUGGAAACUGUUACAAGAACGAUACAACAAUAUGAGACUUAUUACCAACUCUGUGUUGAAGCGAUUAUUUAACCAAAGGAAGAUCUCUGCACCUACAGCUGACAACAUUCGUUCACUGUUAGACACAACUAAUGAUUGUCUAAACAGCCUGAGAAACCUAAGCAUAUCAACUGAUUCUUGGGAUCCAGUCAUCAUAUUUCUGGUCAUUCAGAAGUUGGACCCAGAGUCACAUCAAGAAUGGGAACAAUCAGCUUUCAAUGGAAACAGCGCAGAACUACCUAAGUGGACGGAGUUAUCAAGAUUCUUAGAAACUAAAUAUCGAACACUGGAGCUAGUUAACCCACCACAGAGACAGAAGAUAACACAGAGCCAAAACAGAGAAAGAGAAUACAAAGUUCAUGUUUCUACGGAUACCAACAGUACCAAUAACUAUAACAACAAGGAGAAAUGCUGCUCAAUGUGCACAGAAAACCACACCUUAUGUCAUUGUAGAGAGUUCAUAUCAAAGGUGCCAAGAGAGAGAUGCGAGUUCGUGAAAAACAAUCAACUAUGUUUUAAUUGUUUGGCCCCAGGACAUUCAGCUUUUAGAUGUCGACUCAGAAUGUUCUGCCGAGUAUGUAAGAAGCGUCAUCACACGCUACUGCAUGAGACCUAUCAACCAAACAAUGUGGAAUGUCACCAUGAUACAGCUACCAACGAGAACAACAACAUCAAUGAACCAGUCUCAGAGCUAUCAACCAACAUAGCAACCAACACGUCUACUGCGCUCCUGGCUACAGCCCUAGUACCAGUGAGAGAUGAAUCAUCAGGACGUGUCACCAUGUUAAGAGCACUAAUCGACAAUGGAUCACAAGCAAGUUUUAUUAGUGAGAGAGCCGCCCAGUUACUUAAGCUGAAGAGGAUACCCUGCAAUGGUACAAUCACUGGCGUCGGCACAACAAAGACAACAGUCAAACACGUAGCUCAAAUUGAGGUUCUUUCAAGCCAAGAUAACAAAUUCAGCCUCAAAUUGAAAGUUUAUGUAAUGCCUACGCGUUUAACAUCACAAUUACCAACGAGAGUUAUCUCUGAACGCACCUGGUCACACAUCCAUGGUAUAGCUUUAGCUGACCCCGGCUUCAACCAACCUGGACCUGUAGACAUGCUGCUGGGUGUAGAAGUGUGUGCCGCAAUUAUGAAAGGCGAGAUUAUCAAGGGUCCCCCAGGCACCCCUAGUGCUCAAAAUACCAGCCUUGGGUGGAUUCUCUUCGGGCACAUCACUUCAGAGGAACACAGAGAUGAAUAUACAGUAAUGCACCAUCAGAUUGAUCUGGAAAUAAACAGUAUGCUAAAACAAAUGUGGGAAUUGAAUGAUCAUGAGCAAAAGAUCCUAACCGCAGAAGAGAGAAGAUGUGAAGAAAUAUAUGAAUCAAAUCAUUCCAGAACAGAAGAUGGCAGGUACAUUGUGAAGUUGCCUUUUAAAACAGAGAAUAGAUUAUCGAUUAAACAGAGUAACAUUCGGAACGGCUUCAGCCCCUUACUUAGCCGUUAAAACUCUGCUUCAGCUAGCUAAAGAUGAAGGCCACAUUAACGAAGAAGCAGCUAAAAUAAUCAAAGAAGAUUGUUUCAUGGAUGAUAUAGUAUCUGGAAAGGAAACACUAGAAGACGCAAUCAAAACAGCUAAAGAUAUAGAG